CUAUCUAUCUGUAUUUUGGUAAUUAUAAUCCAUUUACAUCAAGCGGUUGACUAGCUAGCUAGCAUCAAAUCAAAAGAAGAAAGUUUUCAUAACUUGUUUUUCCCAAAAACAGUAUACAUGCAAUUAGGAAUGGUAUCUCCUUCAAAACAAUGAUAGACAAAUUUGGAAGGAAGCUUCAACAACUACAACAAAAGAAUGGAAAACACUUUCAAGACACCAUCUCAUCUUUUUGUUUCUUGAGUAACUUCCUUCCAAAAUAUACUUUUUAUUCUCUCUUCUCAAAUAUUCUCUUCACAAAAAUACAUGAUGGAAACUCCUCCAAAAUGCAAAUUUGCAUUCAUCUUUUCCACCAUCAUCUCUAUUUUUCUUGGAUUGGUUUCAUUCACUUUAUGUAUAGCCUCAGAAAUUAAGAGAAAUAAGAAGGAAGAUCUUAGAUGGAAUGGAAAAUUAUGUUAUUUGCCAUCAAGUCAAGCAUUUGGAUUGGGAAUUGCAGCUUUGAUUAGUUUCAUUUUGGCUCAAGUCAUUGGAAAUUCUAUAUUAUUCAAGAAUUGUUACUCAAGAAGAAAAAUAAAUGCACAAUAUAAGUUACCUUUCAUUGCAAGGCUUCUAAUUUUGAUCUCUUGGCUUGGCUUUGGAGUUACAUUUAUUUUACUAAUUGUAGCAACAAGCAUGAACAAAAGGCAACCCUAUGGGGCAGGUUGGUUGAAUGGUGAGUGCUACUUAGUCAAAGGAGGGACUUAUGCAGGCUCUGCCGUAUUGAUUCUAGUUACAUUAGGCUCUGUCGUUGGUUCGAUUUUGUUAACGAUAAAGACCAAUCAAGCAGACCAAGAUCCCAAAAUACACGCGCAAAUGGGGUAACACAAAUUAGAUUAUAGAAUUUAUUCUAGGAAACCAUACAAUAAGAUGCCUUACAAGUUGUAGGGGGAAGGAUCCAAAGGAAAAUUUUUAAGAUUUUUUUUUUUUAAGUUAAGGAAGGGGCCAAAGGCAACUAAAUUUCAUUAACUUGCUUAUCUAUUGUCCUAAGGAAUAACUUUAUUUUUGGACUUACAGAAAAGAGAGACUUCAUUUGUACACAUUCUCUACGAGGCAGUGACUGCCUCAUAUAGGAACCCAAUUUAGAUCCAAACUGCAUAUAUUAAUAAUUGUUUUGUAUAUUUAAUAUUUAAUUUUCAACUUGCCCAAUAGCAUGAAUUGAUUGUUUUAUUUAAUUUAACUAUCCCUACAAGUCA